UCCUCCCACCUCGCUUCCUCUCGUCAUCCCGCACGCCAAGGAAAGCCACAGCCGCCGCCACACGCAGGCGAGUGAGAUGGGUGCAUUUGUCAAGCUCCAGAAGACCCAUGCGUACCACAAGCGUUUCCAGGUGAAGUUCAAGAGACGGAGACAGGGCAAGACUGAUUACAGGGCCAGGGUCAGGCUAACUAACCAGGAUAAAAACAAGUAUAACACACCUAAGUACCGGUUUGUUGUGCGAUUUACCAACAAGGAUAUUACUUGCCAAAUAGCAUAUGCUACCAUUGCUGGUGACAUUGUGAUGGCAGCUGCCUAUUCCCAUGAGCUGCCUCGGUAUGGUCUAGAAGUUGGUCUCACCAACUAUGCUGCAGCCUACUGCACUGGUCUGCUUUUGGCUCGCCGUGUGCUCAAGCUCCGUGAUCUGGACCAGGAAUACGAGGGCAAUGUUGAGGCCGCUGGUGAGGACUACUCUGUUGAGCCAUCUGAUGAAAGGAGGCCUUUUCAUGCUCUCUUGGAUGUUGGUCUUGUUAGGACCACAACUGGCAACCGUGUAUUUGGUGCGCUCAAGGGAGCUUUGGAUGGUGGCCUCGACAUUCCCCAUGGUGAGAAGAGGUUUGCUGGUUUCAAGAAGGAUGAGAAACAACUGGAUGCUGAGAUUCACCGCAAGUAUAUCUAUGGAGGCCACGUGGCAGACUACAUGAGGUCUCUAGCUGAGGAGGAACCUGAGAAGUUCCAAGCGCACUUUAGUGACUACAUCAAGAGGGGAAUUGAGGCUGAUGACAUGGAAGCACUGUACAAAAAGGUCCAUGCUGCCAUUCGUGCUAAUCCUACCAUGGUUAAAUCAACUAAGGAACCUCCAAAGACGCACAAGAGGUACAACCUUAAGAAGCUGACCUACGAGGGGAGGAAGGCCAGCCUCGUUCAGAGGCUGAAUGCCCUCAACUCCUCUGCUGGUGCAGACAGCAAUGAUGAGGAUGAGGACAAUUAGUGAAGGGUUCAGUUGAUAAUAUAGUGUUAUCUUAGUGAUCUUACUGGAGGCCGACCCGAAUUUUCGACGGGAUCAAAUUUUUUGGGCUCAUUUUGGCAUACUUUACAUAGCAAUCUCUUUCAGUUUUAAUAUCAAGCUGGUGUUAAGAAUCAUCUAAAUUAUAUAUAUGAUACUAUUUUGACCAUUCUUGUUCUUCUGUCCGCGUAGUUCUCUGUGGAUUAUCAAAGUACCGCGUUAUACA